GGCUUGUCUUAUCGGCACACUAUCAGCCCACCAUGCAGUCGUUCAAGUUCAAAGGCAAUAAGCACUCCAGGUCGUCGGAUAGCUCGACUUUACCCCUCAGUAAUUCAGAUACGAGGUCCCCUCCAUCACGAUUCUCGCUUACAAGGCGUUGCACACGUCUUUUGGUGGGACUAAUCUUGGUCUGCCUAUUUUUGUUCUUCUCGCGCACAAAGGCGACCGUACCACCAUCUUGGCUUCAGGACCAGUCUCUCGCCGAAAAGCACUCACUACCGCCGUUGUACGAGGAAUACCAUGACUAUGAACGACACUUGCCCCAGCAUAAUCUUUCAUUGCCUUUCCCAGAGGGGCGUGACGCAAAGUUCUUCUGGGCAGCCAACCAUGUCACCAGUUCAGGAUGGGGAAAUGCCAUGCAGGAGCUUGUGAUGAAUGCCGUGCUGGCUCAUGCAACUAAACGAGCCUUCGUGUUCGAUAAUUUCACAUGGGAACGGAAUGCUCCCGAUUACUCGACGUUUAAUGGUAAACUCAUACCUUCGCGUAUACCCUUGUCAGCUAUCAUCGGUGGCCCCAUAAUAGGCUCGUCGUUUCCGCCUAGGGAUGCUGCCCCUCGUGCUGUCUCUCGGGAGUACUUCAAAGAAGUAUGCCCGAACCCUACCAUCAUCGACAGUUGGGAGGUGAACGAGCAUCUUAGGCUGGACAAUAACGUACCUGCGCUGCAAAUAUUUGACAAGUGGGUGGAGAAAUUGAAUUCGAUCGACGACCCAUGCGUUGAGAUACGACAGGAAUCAUUCCAGCUGUUUGAGAUAUGGCUAUUCGGCUCGAGACGCAUACUUUCAAUCUGGCCUAUCCUAUCCAGGUCGCCUAUCCUCACAGAAUUUUCGUGGUCUCCGCUUGUUCUUCAGGCGUACGCGGAGAACGCUGACUUGUUCGUGCCGACUUCCUCGUUCCGAUUUUUACCCUCGUUCAUGAGCCCUUCCGGUCCGCCACCGCCACCGAUUCCAACGACACUACAUGACGUUCGCCCUCUUCUAACAUCAAAGGAAAUGGAUCCUGUACGCGGGUUACUGGCUCUUCAUAUCCGCCGAGGCGAUUUCGCGGGUCAUUGUUCACAUCUUGCCAACUGGUCUUCAGAUUGGAACGGGUUCAACCAGUUCUCUGCCCUCCCUGACAAGUUCAGAGUACCUACGGACGGUGGGUGGGGCGAGACCACGGAGGCGAACACGAACAUGUACUUUAAAGCGUGUUACCCAACAAUCGAGCAGAUCGUCGAGAAAGUCCGGGAUGUGCUGGCUGAUCAGAGGCGUCUGUAUGGAUCCGCAAAGGAGUUGAAGAGCGUGUAUGUUAUGACGAAUGGAGAUGUGGAGUGGCUGCACCAGCUUAAGGAGGCGCUGAUGCAGGUGAAGAAAUGGAAUGCUGUUGUUACGAGCAAGGAUUUGAAGCUGAACUGGGAGGCGAAGCCUGUCGCACAGGCUGUGGAUAUGUUGAUCGGUCAGCGUGCACAGGUGUUUAUAGGCAACGGGUUUUCCAGCCUGACAUCCAACAUUGUGAUGUUACGCAAGUUGGGGGACCUUCCCCCUGAAGAUACUCGGUUCUGGACAUGAUGGCCUCCCGUUUUCGUUGUGUAAUUUUAUGAUUUGUAAAAGUCACUGACGACUUGUCCCAACCUUUGGGGUCACUUCGCGAACGUCCCGGAGUCGGUAUACACGGAUUAUGUCUGGCUUCCCCACGUCGCUUUUACGCCUUUCACUACAGCACGUUCAUUUUUACAUUAUUGCUCAACUAUACCACUUCUCUAGUUUGUUUGGGGCAACGUUUUUGGGUUAGCCAUGAGGUGGUUAUAAGUUAACGUCAUUAUAAUCACAUAUGUCAGACACGGAUCAAGUCAUAUUUCAAUAAACUUUAGUCAGGCACAUUUGGACCUGUCAUUUGACGAU